CUGAUUCAGUUUUAUAAAGAAACGCGUGUUUAGACGUUUCCAGAUGACUUUUAUUGAAGCAGAGGAAACGGGAGCAUUUUGUAUGGCACUGUCUGUGUGGAGCAAUAGUAGGAUAGUAUGAGCAUAUGUGACCCUCUAACACACAAAGAGACAGUUCUGACACAAAAGGCUACCAAGCCGGCUUAAUACAAUCAACACAAAGUACUAUGGAAAACCCGAAAAUGGCAACAAUUGUUAACCCAGAACUAGAUGCCCUUCAGGACAAAUCCAGCCGCUAUGAACUCCUGGCCUGGCUUAACAGUUUACUGAAAACUAAGUUUACUAAAAUGGAAGAGAUAUGCUCAGGGGCAUGUUUUUGCCAGCUGAUGGACUGGCUCUUUCGAGGGUCCAUCGACAUGAACAAAGUGAAGUUUCAAUGUCAGGACCAGGCAGACUUUCGCCACAACUAUAGUCUUCUGCAGACAGGAUUCAGAAAAAUGGGUGUCACAAAAUCUAUCCCAGUGGAAGAGCUCAUAACAGGGAAAUUCCGGUCUAAUUUUACUUUUCUGAAGUGGUUCCGGAAGUUUUUCCAAGCUAACAUGACUGGGCAGGUAUAUAACCCACUGGAGGCACGUAAUGGACAAGAAAUUGCACAUGCACAACCCAAUCUUCAAUCUCCCCAGAGAUCAAAAUCAUCAGCAAACCUCAAUACCUCUGGAAAAGGGAAGGAGGAUUCUGACUCAGAUGUGGAUGUUUCGGAAAAAAAGUCUAUCACUUAUGACCCCCAGUGGCAAGAAACCUUCAAAUGGAUCAAGCCUAGCACUCUGGGGGAUAUCUAUGCAUACUGUACAAUCUGUGACUUAAAUAUUACUGUGUUUAACUCAGGAUUGCUUGAUUUAAAGCACCACCAGCAGUGUAAAAAACACAAAACGCAACAACUAAAGACAUCCAGAAAAGGAAACCAGGUCAAGAAUUUCACAUGUAGUGAACUCAUGUUGCGCUUCAUUCAAACCCACUGUCUGCCUUCUCACACCAGGAAGGUCUCCCAGCGUACAGCUAGGCAUGUUCUUGGAUUACAGUACCCAAAAGACAUUUCUUUGGCUGCUAAGCAGGUCCCUUACUGUGUUUACCUUUAUGGACAAGUGGCGCUAAGUGAAGAGAGUGAGGAAGAGAACUACAGCUGUGUAGUACUUCUGGGGUUCUUUGAUGAAAAGGCUGCAAAACACUGUAUAAGGAUUCUUGAUAUUUUUCAGCGUGUAGACUCUGAUGAUGCUAUUGUUGAGUCUUUGAAGGACAUUGUGAAAAGAUUUGAGUUGCCGUUGAGCAACAUGGCAGCUUUCUAUGUUGAUGACCAGGAUGAGCUGUCUGGGAAGGUUUCUCUGAAACUGAAGAAACUCAAUCCAAAAGCAGUGGCUCUUGGUGGGCUUUAUAGCUUGGCAGACUCAGCCUGCAAUGCUGGAGUAAAGGCCUUUUCUGACAAGGUUCAACAGCUUAUUGUUAACAUUUAUGAACACUGUUCUACUUGCUGCACUAAAAAUGACAAUCUUAAGGGAUUGUUUGCUGGUGUUUGUGGCCUUGAUGGCUCUGUCCAUUCUCUCUCUCAGAGCAGCAACAUAUUUUGUAUCCUAAUAAGCAAGGUGCUUGAAAUGUGGACAGACUUGAUCUCAUACUUCACAUCCUGCAGUGAGAAUGAUGACAAGGCUAAACACAUCUGCUCUCAAUUGGAGGAUCCCAAACUCAGGAUUGCCUUCAUGUUCCUGGACCAUGCUCUUGGACCACUUAAAACCUUUAAUGAUCGUCUGGAACGGCGUGAGGGUUUUGCUCGCGCAGAUCUUGUCCAGAUCUUACGGGAAGCAAGUUGCCUACUUCGCUCCUAUGCUUCAACAUUUCUCCAUCCUCAGGCUGUGGUGCGUUUUCUGAAGGAACGAGACCCAGCCAUCCUUGAGAACCCAAAGUUGCAUCUUCCUAGCAAUGAACUGAGCUUUGGUGGGGAUGCAGUGGAGAACUUUCUGUCUGAGAGGGAAGAAGAGUUGACUGACUUUCUGAAGGCAUUUCAGGAUGAGUGUAUGGCUUUCUAUAAGGCACUUACAGCUUGCAUUGCUAAGGGGCUGCCCUUGAGUGAUGGUAUCCUAAGGAAUAUGUCUCAUCUUCUAAGCCCAGAUGGAAGGUUAAAGGUCACAAGCAAAGGUGUUGUAGAACUUGGUGAACAGUUUGGCCUCUCAACCAACCCAGAGGUAUCUGCCAAGCUCAGAAAUGAGUUUCUAGAGUACCAGCUCAUUGAGGAAGGAAGUGGUGAAGAAAAUGAUGAGAAUGGACAUGUAGAAGGCCUAUCAGAUUGCUUUCCUAGUCCUUCCUUGGAGUGUCAUUGGAGCUCUGUCCUUAAGACCACUGCAGAAACAUCUGUCUUCAGGAAACUUGUCCUUAGUCUUUUGGCUUUGCCCUGUCCACCCCUUGAAGCUGAGAAAGUCUUUGCUCAGGCAGUGGAGAAUGGGGACAUUGGCAAAUUGGAUGGCAAUUUGGCAGACAGUGAGUCUGAUACCCUCAAAGAAGUGGAUUCCACUAAUGACGAUUCAUCCUCCGAAGUCUCCAGCACUAAGACAACACCUGUUAGAAAUGGGAGGAAAAAGAAGACAUCAAAGAUGAGUGACCUUUCAGUCUCAGUGAAGCCAUGCACGGUGCGACUGCAGAAGAUAACCAAUAAGACAGCGAUGAAGUUAAACAAAGAUGGGGACCAAGUCUUUACUGAAGAUGAUGUAGUCUGGACUAAGGAGGACUCCAUUAGGGGGAUUUAUGGUUGGGAAAGCAGUUUGCGACAGAAGCCGCAGGCACGUACUGUCUUUCAGGCUGGGUCAGGCACCUGGGCCAAACCACAGAGCCUCCAAUUGGACAAGAUGGAUCAGGCGACAAAAAAUGAUGGAGGCCAAGCUGUAUCAAGCAUCACCACACCAAGUCCCAAGCCUGGAAAGAGAGCUCAAAUGUACCAGGAUGGGAGGGGUUUUAGCAUUGGAGAGCUGGUAUGGGGGAAGGUGAAGGGUUUUUCAUGGUGGCCUGGUCUUGUAGUGGCCUGGAAGACAAAGACAUCUCCCCAAUCUAUGAGACGUGUCGAAUGGUUUGGAGAUGGCAUGUACUCAGAGAUUUGUACAGAGAGGCUUUUGCCUUUUGCGGCAUUUGCAAAGUGUUUCUGCAACAAUUCAUAUGCCAGUCUGCCCACUUACAAAGAUGCCAUUUACCAAGUUCUUGAGCUGGCAGGUGAGCGUUGCUCAAAGACCUUUGCAUCCUCGGGGAACAAACAGGAAGAAAUAAAGGCCAUGCUGGACUGGGCUUUUGGGGGCUUUCAACCCACAGGCCCUGAGGGAUUUGCACCUCCAGACACUUAUGCUUCAUUUGUCAACCAAAAGACUGAGUCUUCAGACUCCUCUGUGUCUGAUUAUCAACCUCCAGCCAAAAGAAAAUAUGUUCACAGAGGCAGACCUUCCACAACUCAGGAGUACACAAAAGAGCAAAUGGUUCAUGAAGUUUCAGUAAAAGGGAAAAACAUUGAAGAUUUCUGCCUCUCAUGUGGCACUGCAAACACUGAGAUUUUCCAUCCACUCUUUGAAGGGAGCCUUUGUUUAAAAUGCAAGGAAAAUUUUACAGAGACUUUAUACAGAUAUGAUGAAGAUGGAUAUCAGUCUUACUGCACUAUCUGCUGUGCUGGACUGGAGGUCAUUCUAUGUGGCAAUGCCAGCUGCUGCAGGUGUUACUGUAAGGACUGUCUUAAUGUGCUGGUUGGACCAGGGACAUUUGACAAGUUGACAGAAGUAGAUCCGUGGAGCUGCUACAUUUGCCUCCCCCCUAACAAAUAUGGUGUUCUGAAGCUCAGACCAGACUGGAGUGUGCGUGUUCAGGAGUUCUUCGCCAAUAACAGUGCCUUUGAAUUUGAACCGCACAGAGUUUACCCCUCAAUUCCCGCUCACCAGCGCCGGCCUAUCAAGGUUUUAUCCCUCUUUGAUGGAAUUGCCACAGGCUACCUUGUUCUGAAAGAUCUAGGCUUCAAGGUAGAGCGUUACAUUGCUUCUGAGAUCUGUGAGGACUCCAUUGCUGUAGGGAUGGUCAAGCAUGAAGGAAGGAUUGAAUAUGUCAAUGAUGUGCGCACCAUCACCAAAAAACAUCUGGCAGAAUGGGGACCGUUUGACCUUCUGAUUGGUGGCAGUCCCUGUAACGAUCUGUCCAUGGUGAACCCAGCCAGAAAAGGCCUUUUUGAGGGCACAGGCCGACUGUUCUUUGAGUACUACCGUAUACUAACUAUGAUGAGGCCAAAAGAAGAUGAUGACCGACCGUUCUUCUGGCUCUUUGAGAAUGUGGUGGCCAUGAGUGCACAUGAUAAAGCUGACAUUUGUCGCUUUUUGGAGUGUAAUCCGAUCCUGAUUGAUGCUGUGAAAGUGAGUCCCGCCCACAGAGCUCGCUACUUCUGGGGCAAUCUACCUGGAAUGAACAGACCACUGGCUAUAUCACUUAACGACAAAGUAGAUCUGCAGGAUUGCCUGGAAGUCGGUCGGGUUGCUCAGUUUGAUAAAGUUCGCACCAUCACUACAAAAUCUAAUUCCAUUAAGCAAGGGAAAAUGGGACCUCUUCCUGUUACCAUGAAUGGGAAGGAGGAUUACCUUUGGUGUACAGAGAUGGAAAGGGUAUUUGGCUUCCCUAAGCAUUACACUGAUGUGAAUAACAUGGGUCGAGGCCAGAGGCAGAAGGUUCUAGGGCGUUCCUGGAGUGUUCCUGUGAUUCGUCACUUAUUUGCACCACUGAAGGAUUACUUCGCAUGCGAGUCUUAGUUAUGCUUUAACUACUAUCUUUUAACAGCCUUGCGAUUCAAAGGCAGAGGAAAAGUAGUGUCAUGGAAUUUUCUACCUACAACCAUAAAGUCUAUGUUUCUUAACAUUUUUUUUAAUUAAUGAAUUUUUAGAAGUUUUUGGUGUUUUGCAAACAAACAAAUCUGUUUUAUGACACACCUUUAUUGUUUUAAAGUCACCUGAUCACUUUUUCAGCUUGAUCAAGGUCAGAAUGCACAGACACUUUUUGGUUCUAUUUUAUACAUCUUAUGUACUGUUGAUCUAGUUUUGUUUAGACUGUCUUUUUUAGACUGUCUUAAUGACAAUGUUGUGCUAGAGAGCCACUGAAACCCCACCCCACUACCUCAGUUAAUAAUCUGUGACUGGUGCAUCAUCUGGAGAAAUGCUGUUUACCUAUUUAUACAUUAAUAUACAUACAGUGAGUUGGGCUUAUAGGCACUCUUAAUGUUACAUGAACUUAUCUGGUCAGGAAUUUUUAUAACUAUUCAUCAAAAUGGUCAUUUUAACUCAUGCCAUCAUGUAUUUUUCAGAAAUUUUAAUUAUUUUUCUGCCUCAGUUUACAUACUACUUUUACACUACCAUCACUCGUUCUCUUGAAAAUGUUUAAUGUAAUCAUGUAAUAUAUUUUUAUAGUACAAAUCCCAAAGCACAUUUGAAUAUGAAACAAAUCUAACCUGAAAGUGAAUAAGCCUCAAAUUUUUUAAGCUGACAGCUUUAUUUUUUGAGCUUCUGGUGCUGAUAUCACUUUUUAUUGUUUUUCUGAAUAUAAAGAGGAGGAAAAGGCAACUUUGUGUAAUAACAUAAGUGCCUACAAGAGGACAUUUAAUAUUUUAUACAUGACUACUGUGAUUCCUGAAUAUAUUUUAACAUGGCUACCAUUAUCACUGUAUGUUGAAUGUACAGAGUGUCCCAAAAGAAUCCAUACGUAGGGGAAAUUAAUACUUUUUAGCAAAAUGUAACUUUAUUUACAAAACACCCUCUACAUGAUUGCCAUUUCUUUGUAAGCUCACACUGAGUCGUCUCUCCCACUCAUGAUGAACUGGUGAUAACACAUCUGGUGUUAUGCGUGUAAUUGCAUGUCCAUCGCAACCUUGCGACAGCUUCCCGAUCAAGCCUUGAGAAUGAUUUCAAUACGUUUUUUUGUCAGACAUUCUUAACACUUCAAAGGCUAUCUGAAAAAAAAAAAUAUAUAUAUAUAAAAUAUAAACUAAGUAUGAAAAUUUUUGGAAGACAUUUUGCUAAAAAAGUCUUAAUUUCUCCUAUGUACGGAGACUUUUGUGACACCCUGUAGAAUCAGAUCUCAUUGACAGUUUGUGCUUUGUUCACAUUAAGAAAUGCCAAAAAAAAAAAAAAACAUUCUGUGCCUCCAAUUGUCCAAUUCAGCAGUGAGGUGCUAUAAAUGUAGAUAGUCAUAUUUAUCCAGGACAGUUCGAGGUGCUAACAAAGCAGCAUUUGCUUGGUGCAUGGUGCUUAUUCUGUGGAAGUUGUAAAAUUAGUAUUUAUUCUGUAUACAAAAUUAUGUUAAUCAGUUGCUGUUUACUAGCAUUUUCAUUAAAUCAGUUAGAGCAGUGGUUCAUAACAAAUAAACAAAAUGCUGUGGUCACAUCUAUGGUGUAAUCUGAAAUGGUGAUAAAAUGCAUGUGUAUCGAUGCAAGAUGCAUGAGGUCUGACUAGCUGAAUGCUUUAGCAUUUGAAGUGUGAAGUCAUUUAUGUAAGGUAUGUGAAAUGUCUUUAUCUUGCUUUUUGUAGCAUAGUAAAUGUUAGCAUAUCAGGAGAAUCUACUUGAGCUAAACUAUUUACACCAGCAGGUCUCAUGUCCAUGGAGAACACUUUAGAACAGACUAUUUUGGUUUUUUGACAAAUCAGUCGGUGCUAUUGUUUUUGAUUAAUUCUCUUUUUUAUUUUUUGAGAGUGAUUUUUAGUGCUGUCCUCUUGAACUUUUCUACUGAGCGAUCAUUUUAACAAGCUUUUAUAUCUGAGUUCUCAUUGUCAGAGGGUGAUCAUUGCUGUACAAGCUAGGGAUGGUCUCCCAAAGUGUCGAGCAUAAAAGCCAUGUCACAACUUAUAAACAGGGCUACAUUUACAUUUUUAUAUUGUAACUUGGUGUUCCACUAAGCUUGAACAACAUGUGAUGUAACUGGCAACUAAUAAAUUGUUUCAAUGUACUGUUUAA